AUGAAGAACAAGGCCACCACCGAGAGUGGCCCUGAGUCGCCUACUACUGCCCGACCUCUUGAUCUCGACGAUGACGAUGUUCAGGAAUCGGGCGUUCUAGGAGGUGACGAUGGCAACACCACAACUGCUGCUGUGACAAACACCUCCCAGCCCAAGAGUCCUGCCCAGGUCCAGGCCCCGACUUCAACAAACGAGGCAGCGCCUCCUAAGCCUCCCCGUCCUGUCUCCGAAACCCAACAGAACGAGGCCAUACUUAAGGAAGCUUUCCCUAGUGUAGAGUUAAGUGUCAUCAAGGCUGUGCUGAGAGCUAGCGGUGGUCGCGUUGAGCCUGCGUUUAACGCUCUGCUGGAGUUGACUGACCCAGAUGCUGCCCAAAACGAACCCACCGAUGUCCCACCUCCUCAGCCCCCCAGACCCCAGAACCGAUCUCAGAUGUCGCAAAUGGAGGCAGAUGAACUAUAUGCACGCCAGCUCGCGGAACACUAUGACAAUGUCGGUGACUACGAGAACCGAACUGCCAACCGUGGAGCCAACGAUGGACGGCAAAGACAAGGACAACAAGGACAACAAGGCCCGGAAUGGGGCGACGAUCGCGAGCACAGCUUCCUCGACGACGACCUCCCUGUCAUUCGCGAAAACCUUCGAAAGGGGUUCUUUGAGACACAAGAGAAGGUCAACGGAUGGAUCACAAACCUGAAGAAGAAGAUUGAAGAGAAUUUCGAUGAAAGCGAGGAGCAGACACAAAGUCAAGGACAGCCUUUCCGUCGUCCUGGAGAGUCUAGCCGCCGGAGCGGUGAUUAUGAUCGAUAUGACGCGGACCCUCAAGUGCUCAGCGAUGACUUCGCUGGCAUGAAGUUCUCAUCUGAUGGAACUCCCAUGAACCGGCCUAUGGCUAACACUGGCAUGUACAAGCCUCCGCCCCCAUCAACUUCACCCAAGCCUAGCAACGGCCGACGAGUUGGCUUCAAGGAGGAAACAGAAGAGAUCAACAUGUACGAUUCAUCACCACGAGUGCCACCCAAGGAUGCGGCCCCUAGCAGCGGUACGAGAGGAAGCAAGUGGCAACCUAUGUCCGCCGUUGAACCAAGCCCCAUCGUAGAGAACGACCCAUUCAGCUUGGGAGAUAGUGAAGAUGAGAGGGAGACACAUCAGAAGCCCAAGGAUGAUAAGACUGAUGAUAGCGAGCGCCUGAAGAAGGCGACUGCUGAAGCCAUGGCUGACAGCCUAGCCGAGUCAAAAGAGACAGACGCAAAGAUAAAUUAG